AUGGACUCCGGCGCCCACCACGACCCCUCCUCGUCGACCGCCACUAUGACCGAGCAGCUCAAGCGCAAGCGGAGCCCGUCGCACGAUGCCGCCGCGCAAGCUCCUCCUGCGCCGCCGCCCAAGACGGCCAAAACCUCCAACCACCUCCAGAUCAACUACCUUGCCCGCCAGUACACCGAGGACCUGCCCUUGAUCUCCGGCGACGACACCCUGCCCAACAUCCUGCAGCUGCUGGGCGAGUACCAGGGCGUGCUGGAUCGCCAUGAGAGCAUGGCCUGCAACCUCGGCGCGCGCCCGCUGGGUCCCAUCCUCAUCAAGCGCUUCGAGCGCCUGUUUGACGGCCCGCCCAAGGUGCUGAAGUCGCACGGCAAGGACCCUGCCCACGUCACCUGGCUCGACGUCGUCGAGUUUGCGCGCAACAAGCCCGAGCAAUUCACCCUCGGCCAGAUGAGCGAGGGCGUUCGCGUCUGCCAAUUCUACACCAAGCAAUGCCGCGUCCAGAUCAGCGAGGAGGACUUUGUGUUGAUCAGCAGCGGCAUUCCGCAGAAAAUGAUCCCGCCGCAGCCAAUUGUCGAGGACGAGGAGAAGGAGCUUGGCACGCUGGAAAUUCUGGAGAAAAACCUCGCACAGAUAUGCCAACUAGCAGACCAAGUCGCCGCACGUACCCGCCAAUUGAAUCACCGUCUGAAGGGCCGUAAGCAGGCCAUCCUCGACCGCCGAGCUACGAACAGCCCCGCUGCAGUCCGCGCCUCCAGUCCCUCUAAUGUCGCCCUCAUGAAUGGCCUCGGCCAAAACGCAAAUGCUGCCCUGGCUGCGUUGUCCAAGUCGCCCUCCGGGGGCUUCGUUGCAGUCAAUUCGAGGCCACCUGCUCCCGCUGCUGCCGCCGCCCCCGAGCACGAUCCCGGUCGAAACGGCGCGUCUUCUGCCACUCGCAACGAGCUCAUGAACAAAUUCUCGACCAUCAACGAUCGCAGGACACAUGGCUCGAAUGGCGACCAGAUCCGUCGAGGCUCCAGUGCUAGCCAGUACUCGGCCGGUGGAUCGGCAUCAGGGAGCAAAUCGAGUGCUCGCCCGCCGGGCAACACGUCCGGCGGGCCGAAUGGGCUUCCCUACAGCGAUAGCGAAUAUGCCCAGCUACUUCUUUCCAACACGUCCCCGGUUCCCAUCCCGAGCACACCUUCGCAGCUUCUGCCGUCGCACGGCGCACGGCCAGGGUCACAGCACCCUCCGACCGCGGAGAAGGAUGACGGCGGUCCUUUCAAGGCGGAGAUGGUUGCGCGCAUGGAGGUUCUCUCGAAGGGAGAGAGGAUCUUGCCGCCUUGCGAUCGUUGCCGAAGACUUCACAUGGACUGCCUGAAGAACCUGACAGCCUGCAUGGGGUGCACCAAGAAGCACGCAAAGUGCUCUUGGAAGGAAGUGCGGGAGCCGGAACUCCGCAUGACUCAGCCCCCUCCUGAAGGCGAAGCCACUCAUUCGGACAUCGAGAUGGGAGGCUACCCCGGAUCCAUGAUAAGGCAGAACCUCGCUAGCCCGGCAUCGGCCUCGCCGUCGGCGUCGGUUGGUUCCGUCGGCGGCCACGCAGAAGCCAGAGCUGCCGGUCAGGACGCGAAUGCUGGCCAUCUCACGCCCGGGCAGGCAGCACACUCGGCGGAGCUUUCCAGGCACGAGGGCCGGCUCUCGGUGGGCGGCGCGCCAGAAGCCCGGAUGGAAGACCGUCAGCAGCGCGAGCCGGAACAGCCUCCGAGCCACGCCGCUCACGCCCAUCAUGAGCAGCAGCAUCAGCAAAGCCACGGCCAGAUGCACGACAGGCGUGAGCCGCCCGAAGCAGUAGGAGCACAUCCAGCGCAUCCCGAAAGGCACCACCAGGAGCAACCGCAUCAAUCGGAUUUACAAUCACUCGUUGCAUGA